AUGACUUUAUCCUUCAUCUUUUACGUAUUCCAGAAGUGUCUGCCUGCACAAGCAGUUCACUUCGUUUGUCAUUUUUUUCAGUACUCACCAAAUCUUAGAUACACUGCUUUGGAAGCUUGUGUUCACCCUUUCUUUGAUAAACUGAGGGACCCAAACACCCACCUUCCUAACGGUCGCCCUCUUCCUCCACUCUUUAAUUUUAAAUCUCAAGGUGAAGCUAGAACUCCUGGCUGGAAACAGGAUUGUGCGCCUGUUCCAGGUGAAGCUGAAACUCCACGCUGGGGUCCGGAUUGUACUCCAGUUCUAGAAGAAGCUGAACUUUGGCUGCGGACGUAUCUGGAACUCAAGGCUGGAAAACAUACCGUCGAGAUGAAGCUAGAACUCCAGGCUGGAACACAGAACGUACUCCAGCUGCAGACAAAUCUGAAACUCAAGGCUGAAACAAUGAAGCUGGAGCUUUAG